AUGACACUUGGAGGAGGUAGUGGGGGAAGAGGAGGAGGAGGAGGUAGUGGUGGAUGGAGAGGAGGAAGUGGUGGAUGGCGAGGAGGGGGAGGAUGGAGGGGUCGACCGUGGAGAGGUGGAUCAGCAGGUGGAGGAGGAUGGAGAGGUGGAGGUGGUGCCGGGGAAGGAGGAUCGGGGAACCAGGCCUUCAGCAGCCAGAGAGUGCUUUGUCAGGCUACUCUAGAUGUUGUGUGUCCAUACAGAGGAUGGAGACUCUACUUCACAGAAGGCUUCAUAGAGAGCUCACCUAGUGUGGAGAAGAUCAAGGUGUUUGAGCAAUAUUUCACUUCAAAGAUUGAACUCUACGACAAGGAUGAGAUUGAGCGUCAAGGCAGUGUUCUGGUGGAUUACGCAGACUUGACCGGAGAUGAAACCGUGCGUGGAGCGCUCCCCGAUCUGACCACAGAGCUGAAGGAACAGCCGGACGUGAUGCUCAACUGUUUGGGUUUGGCCGUUCACCAGGUGUUGACUAUAGAUCUGGAGAAACAAGCGGCCGGGCUGCAAGGGGAGGAGCUUCCUGUCGCCACACCCAUCGUCAACAUCCCCCACAUCAGCGCUAGGCUGUACAACUACGAGCCGCUGACCGCGCUGCGGAUGCUGCGCGCCAGCGCGUUCGGGCGGCUGGUGUGCGUGAAGGGGACGGUGGUCCGGGUGAGCAGCAUCAAACCCCUGUGCACCAGGAUGGCCUUCAGGUGUCUGGGCGGCGCGCACGUGCAGUCUCUGCCGCUGCAGCACGGGAAGUACGCUGCUCCUACCAAGUGCCUCCAGCCCGACUGCCGCAGUCGCUCCUUCACCCCCAUCCGGACCUCCCCUCUCACCCACACUGUGGACUUCCAGAUCAUCAAGGUGCAGGAGUCAAUGGGCGGAGAGCAGAGGGAGACCGGACGAAUCCCGCGCACCGUGGAGUGUCACCUGACCUCCGACCUCUGUGACAGCUGCGUCCCCGGAGACGCGGUCACCGUGACCGGCGUAGUUAGAGUCACUAACGAUGGUUCCUCCCGGGCCAACAAGGAUCAGUGCAUGUUCCUCCUCUACAUCGAAGCCACUUCGGUCAGCAACUCGAAAGGUCAAAGGUCCAAGUCAGGUCAGGGGUCAGAUGGGUCGCAUGAGGAUCGCGGAGGGGAGGAGUUCAGUCUGAAGGAGCUGUAUGCCAUCCAGGAGAUCCAGUCACAGCCGGACCUGCUGAGGCUCAUAGUACACUCUUUAUGUCCCGUCAUCUACGGCCACCUGCUGGUGAAAGCUGCUUUGUCGUUGGCGCUGUUUGGGGGCAGACAGAAGCACACGGACAAGAACAGCGUCCCGGUCCGAGGAGAUCCUCACAUCCUGAUGGUGGGAGACCCCGGACUGGGGAAGAGUCAGAUGCUGCAGGCAGUGUGUAAUGUGGCUCCCAGAGGAAUCUACGUAUGUGGCAACAGCACAAGCACCACAGGACUAACAGUGAGUUUGUCUCGAGACUCGGGAACCGGGGACUUUGCUCUGGAGGCCGGAGCCUUGGUUCUGGCUGACCAAGGCCUGUGCUGCAUCGACGAGUUUGAUAAGCUGGGCCACCAGCAGCAGGCUCUGCUGGAGGCCAUGGAGCAGCAGUCCGUGAGUCUGGCCAAGGCCGGGAUAGUGGCCUCUCUGCCCGCCAGGACGUCCGUGAUAGCCGCUGCCAACCCCAUCGGAGGACACUACAACAGAGCCAAGACGGUGUCCGAGAAUCUGAAAAUGGGCUCGGCGCUGCUCUCUCGAUUCGACGUCGUCUUCCUCCUCCUGGACAUCCCGGACGAGACGCACGAUCGCCACCUGUCGGAAUACAUCAUGGCCAACAGGGCGGGGAAAGGCCGAGCCGGCGGCGCCGCGGUGACCAGGGCUCCUCCCAGUGCGCUGGAGACCUCCAUCCUGCUGGACCCCAGUGACAUGCCGCUGUCCGAACGCCUGCAGGUGCCGGCGGGUGAAAGCGUGGACGCCAUCCCGGUGCCGUUGUUGAGGAAGUACAUCAGCUACGCUCGUCAGUACGUCCACCCCUCGCUCUCCCCCGAGGCGGCAAAGACCCUUCAGACCUUCUACCUGUCGCUGCGAGCUCAGGCUCACUCUGCCGACUGCACCCCCAUCACCACGCGGCAACUCGAGUCUCUGAUCCGACUGACCGAGGCCAGAGCCAGACUGGAGCUCAGAGAGACGGCGACCAACAGUGAUGCUGAAGAUGUGGUGGACAUCAUGAAACACAGUCUGGCUGAUACAUACUCGGACGGUCUGGGGAAUCUGGACUUUGAGCGCUCUCAGCUCGGGUCGGGGAUGAGUCAGCGCGGCGCGGCGAAGCGCCUGGUCAACGCGCUGCACCGCCACGCCCAGAGGACCAAUCAGACGCAGUUUGACCUGCAGACGCUCCGCUCCGUGGCCAACAACAUGAACAUCAAGGUGGUGGAUUUCGAAGGCCUUGUGAGUUCCCUGAAUGAACAGGGUUUCCUCCUGAAGAAAGGAGCCAAGCUCUACCAGCUGCAGACCAUCUGAGCCUACCCUGCAAGCUCAGCGUCCUGAGAUCAGUGAUCACCAAAGCACCAGCCAGCCCACCGCUUCCUGUCGACUGACGUCUCGGCCGAAUUAGUCUGCAUCUGUUCUCACAGAAAGAGCUUUGAACUGAACGCGGUAGUAACAGAUGUGCAUCAGUCAGGUGGGGCUACAAACGUUUCUUUAGUGUGAAACAUACCAGGAUCUUAGUAAAGAUAUAAAAUCUGAUAUAAACUGGUUUGAGUCGGGUACAUUUCUCUUUCAGUGUAAAUGUAUUAUUACACAGUACAUGGUAACUGAAUUAAAUAGCAGUUGUAGAUUAAUUUAGUUUCUCUAAUGUUUCAAAGUAAAGACGUUCUUUGACAAUAAACAGGAGGUAAAGAAUUACAUAGAUGACUGUAAUCUUGUUUGUUCACACAAAUUACUUCUUUCUUUUGAGUACAGUUCGAGAUACUAUAUUUUUUUAGAGGUUACUCCUUCGAUGUAUAUAAGAUAAGACACUUUUGUAUUUGUAUUGUAUUCAAUUGGUAUGAAUCAGUAUAAAUUAGUAGCAUAAUAGGAUAAAUGUUAUUUGCACGAUUGGUCCCUCAAACACGCAAUAAUUCACCAACAAGUAUUGUAGCCAUUUAAACAUCUCAUAUCAGCACGGUGCUACGGUUUGUUAUGCAUGUUCCUAAAUAAUCUGUUAUUGUCAACAUUUUGUUAAUAAAUAACUUUAUUUCUCAGUAAAUGGCAAGUGUUUUGUGGAGUUUUUGUGGUUUACGGUUUUAUAAAUACUUUUGUAUUUCAGCAUUGUGUCAUUUUACCAUUUGAUCCCAGCUUUGUGAUGUGGCCGGAAACCGAUCUUCUAUUUUCAAAAUAAAAGUCUCGGAUUUUA